AUGCAACACUUAACGAUUUUUAUGGAUAUCGAGAGUUCCCGUUCAUAUAUCGAUGAAUUAUAUUCUUCGGAUGUGACAAAGGUUUUGGAAGCCUUAAUCACUUUAAAGAACUCAGUAAUUGGUAGCAACAGACAGAAGAGUUCUGUUAUUCAACAAGGAAUUGUACCUAGAUUGUUACAGCUUAUGUCAGAACAAAACUGGGAUCCUAAUAUUAGAUUAGAGGCUACAAUUACAAUUGGUUCCUUAGCUAAAGGUACGUCAGAGAAUGUCAAUGCCUUAGUAGAACAAGGUGCAGCGGUGGCGUUAGUAGAAAUCUUAAAAGAAGUACCAAUAGGAACUAAAUUGGCUGAAGCUAGCCUUUGUGCACUUAGGAGCAUAUUUCUUAAUCCGCCAGCACCAAUAUCAGCGCUACCUGCUGAGAUGAGACUGUUGUCAAGACUAACUCAAAUCACGAGAGAAGGCUCACCUACAGCUCGUGCCUGUGUAGUACGCAUUUUAUCAAUUUGGUGUGGGGGGCCUAUAGAACAAGAAGCUCUAUGUGCAGCUGGAGCAUGUAAUGCCAUUGCAGCAUUGCUGGCACCAAAGGGCACAACACCACCACCAAUUGCAAGAGCUUUACCGGCAUUGGACUUGUUAGCGGCUAUGUGCUUUGAAAAUGCAAAUGUUUCUCAAGUUGCAUUAAAUACAAGAUAUGGUGAUAAAACAAUUCCUGAGCUCUUAACCCUAUUAGUGUCAAGGGAUAAACCGUUGCCGGUGGCAAUGGGCGCAGCAAGGUGUAUUACAUUCAUUCACAGAGCCGGGGCUUUACCAGCGGAUGAUAGCAGAGUAGUUUUUGGAGCGUUGCCAUGCCUUGCGCGAUUGUGUACAAAAGAUAUGCCCGAGGAUAUUAGAGCCACUGCAGCCGAAACUCUGGCGUAUUUGGCCGAGGUUGACACAUCUCUUCAAAGGUUAGCUGCUAUAUCUAAUCAUUUGAUGAGUUCCCUCGCGGACAUAGUAAAUUGUCCGUCGGCUGCCGCUAAGCAAGGCGCGUUUAAAUGUUUCGCCUCCCUCGGUGCAAACGACGAAGAUAUUAGAAAGAGGAUUAUUGAAACACACGGCCUAAUGGUACACGUUGUUAAUGGAAUGAAUAAUCCGGAGCCCUCAGUAAGAUUAGCGGCGGUUAGAUGUCUUCAUUCACUUUCAAGGUCCGUGCAGCAAUUGAGAACUACAUUUCAGGAUCAUUCAGUAUGGCGACCCUUGAUGCAACUGCUGAGCGAGUCACCGGGAACUGAACUGUUGACUGUCGGGUCUUCUACUCUUUGCAACCUGCUGCUAGAAUUUUCACCCGCCAAGGAGCCCAUGUUAGAUCAAGGUGCCGUAGAAAUGUUAUGUAAUCUCACGAAGAGGCCUGAAGCUGCUUUGCGGUUAAAUGGUAUUUGGGCGCUAAUGAACAUGGCUUUUCAGGCGGAACAGAAAGUGAAACAACGAAUAUUAUGCUGUCUGGGCACAGAGCAGAUGUUUCGUUUGCUCGGAGACAGUGAUACGCGUGUGAUCAUGAAGACGUUGGGCUUGUUGCGCAACUUGCUGUCGACAAGGCAACACAUCGAUGCUAUAAUGAAUGAGUUCUCUUCGCAAGUUAUGCAAGCAGUGAUAGUAGUAUUAGAAGGAUCGUAUCCGGCGGAAGUGAAGGAGCAAGCAUUAUGUAUACUUGGUAAUAUAGGCGAUGGGGAGAAGGCCAAAGAUUUUAUUAUGGCGAACGAAGACGUCUUGAGGAAACUAGUCGAUUAUUUAGCGCAUCCAGAGAGCAAAUUGCAAGAGGCGGCGUUGUUUGUGGCUGGAAACUUGGUUUGGAAGGGGGAGGCGGGCUGCGCGGCGCGCCAAGCGAGGCUUGCGGAGUUAGGCGUGUUGCGUGCACUCAAAUUGCUUCGACAACGCCCGGACGCCGCCCAUUUGCACGAUAAAGUGAAAACCGCCUUGGCACAGUUCAACGAACUCACAUAA